UGAUAUUUCUCUCUCUCUCUCUCUGGAGAGUGCCCCCCCCACCCCUCCCCCGGUUGAUCUUCCAGAAAAACCUACGAAAGUGACCGGAGAACCGAUUCUUGUCGGACCAUAGCGCGUUCUCUCUCUCUCUCUCUCUCACAGAUCGCCCUUAAAUUUGAAGAAUUGUGGUUGGGGCUUCGUUAGUGCUCGUGACCUCGUGUUUCAGACUCUCGUAGGUCUUCUCUGAGAUGAUCAGUUGACUAUAAGAAUGUCGGUUGUACAAGUUGAAAGUACGGCAUCAUUGAGCAAUGAUCUCUUCUAUGACAUACUGAGGCGUCUUGAUGGUGCAACUUUGGCUAGUGCAGCAUGUACUUGUGCAGCAUUCUGCUCCAUCUCAAAAGAAGAUAGGUUAUGGGAAAAUGUGUGUUCUUCCAUGUGGCCCUCAACCAACAGGGAAGAUGUCAAGAGUUUGAUAUCGUCAAUUGGUGGAUUUAAAAAGUUUUAUGCAGAUUGUUUCCCCCUUAUUGUUAACAAGGAAGUUCCUGAGUUCCAGUGGAACACCUAUUUAGAGUAUCCCGAAGAAUGGACUGAGGCUGAAUACUAUGGUGAUGCAGAUGAAGUUGAAAAUAUGUCGCCUUCGGAUUUUGUCUUUAUUGUAGAUAUCAGGUAUAAAGACAAAACAAUAUGCUCUAAAGUCCUUUGGGGCGUUCCGAAUGUAAAUGGCUUCAAUGGUUGGUUUUACAACUGUCCAUUUCAUAUUGAUUUUCUCACCUGCACAGCUAGAGAUGACGACCCUGGAGGUGAAGUUACACUUUCGGUUUCUGAUGGUCUGCCACCAGUCACAUCAAUGGAAAGAGAGAGGAAAGAUGGAAAGCUCUGGCAAGAGCUCCGUGAUGAAAUCCGGCUGAGUUGGAUUGUUGUCAACAGAAAAACUAAGCAAGCUGCUAAUCUCUCAAGUUGGAGUCCUCUUGGAGGGCAAAGGCACUGGCCAACAGAUAGGGAUUUCUUGAUACGGUUUGGCUCUGUUCUUCCUGCCAAGGAUAUCCUUCCAUGUCAGGCAGUAGAAUGCAUGCUUAUAAUGAAGUUCAGAUUGAUCCAUACUGAUGGUGGGGCUGCCCAGACAACUCUCAAAUUGAAAGAACUGAGCAUGCAAUUGGGAGACAUGGAAGGUGUUCAUGUUAAUGGAAGAAACAGUUUGCUUGUUCUCAAAGAAGCACUGAGCUGCCGCAGAAGCAAGAAUUAUAGUGAGGUGUUGGAGUCAUGCCAUUUGUACUCGAAAGUGCAGAGUGAGCUGAAGGAGGAGAAGAUGAGAAAUGAAAGCAGGUUAGAUAACCUUUGUGUUUUAGGUGGGAUAUCAGCUUUUGUCACUAUAUGUUGCUACUUCUUGUAAAUGAAGUUUUCUGCGAAAUGGAAAUGGUCUCUUCAUUUUGGCGGUGUGUUAUGUAGAAUUUUACUUGUCUGACAAACUCUGUCCUUACCCUUUUGGUGUAAACUUUAACUACAGUUUUGUCCUGAUAAUAAGACAUCAUGGAUCCUUUUGUUUUUAAAAAUAUCUCAAUUUUCAGCAAAACUGUGGAAGCACCAUCAACUCAAUGUGGGCAUG